AUGGAGAAUUCCCUUCUCACUCUUUGUGUCACAUGUCCUCCACUUGGUGCACCCUAUGAAGAUGAGGCACUUCUACUAAUAAAGCAGAACAUAAUGCAGAAAGAUGUUAAGAUUGAAUUGGAAAGUCGUGACAAAGUUAGAGGUUUUGCAGAAUCUUUAUGGGAGUCGGAUAAAAAUAUAGAGGUUGUCCGACUUGAAAAUGGCCUUGCAAAACUUCGAAAUACCUUUGUCUUUACUAGGGUUGCAACUUACAACGACCUUGUACGAGCUCAAGAAACUGCAAAAACAAAAAAGUUGAAUAAGUUUUGGACCAUGGUAGAUUUUAUGUCGAAUGUCGAGGAUCAGACUGGACUUGUUCAAUUAUGUAGCUUGGUGUAUAUUACAGUCCCUAGUUCAAUGGAAGCAGACAAGUUUUUAAGUGAGCAAAUACUAAAGAAGGAACUUUCUGCCACAAUUGUGCUUCUAGACUCUGAGGGCGAGAUGAUUAACUGUGAUGAACUUGGAGGUGAUGAGGAGGAUGAUGAGGAGGUGGAGCAGGAGGAUGACGAUGGGGAAAGUGAUGAGGAUGAUGAGGAAGAAGAAGAAGAUGAUGAUGAUAAGGAGGGUGAUGAGGAGAAUGAGAAUGAUGAGCUGGAGUAG